AUGAAGUCAGCACUCGUCUGGCUGCCAUUGGCAAGCGUUGCCCUUGGCGCUGCCAUCAAGCGCCCUGACUAUGGAGACGGUUACAGAAGCGGCUAUUCUGGCGGCUAUGAGGCCGGUCAUCACGGUGGCUAUCACGGUGGCCAUCCGGGUUUCCCAGGCGGCUUCCCCAGCUGGCCUCAAGAGCCAAACGAGCCUGAAGAGCCUGAGGAGCCUGAGGAGCCCGAAGAGCCUCAUUGGCCUGACUGGCCAAAUGGCCCUUCAGAACCAUCUGCCACGCUCUCACAAACCUACCCUCCUUUGCCAACAUAUUCUCAACCCCCGGAAACCACAGAGACGACUGAGACUCCUGUACCGACGCAGCCGACGUACCCUACUGAAACAGAGACUCCAAUUCCCACCUAUACUCCAAUUCCAACUUAUACUUCGAUUCCCACCACUGGUACUGUAAAUCCUACUGAGACCUCGGAGACUCCUGUCCCAACGCAGCCAACACCUACCGAGACUGAGACUCCUAUUCCAACGUACCCAACGCCUACCGAGACUGAGACUCCUGUCCCGACGUAUCCUACUGAAACGGAGACUCCGGUCCCAACACAGCCAACCUAUCCUACAGGAACCGAAACCCCGGUACCAACUCAGCCAACGCCUACCGAAACUGAGACUCCCGUUCCAACAUACCCUACUGAGACUUCAGAGACUACGGAGACUCCAGUCCCAACACAGCCAACUUACCCUACUGGAACCGAAACUCCUGUUCCCACGCAGCCAACGCCUACUGAGACUGAGACUCCUAUUCCAACGUACCCAACACCUACCGAGACUGAGACUCCUGUCCCAACAUACCCUACUGGAACCGAGACUCCAACUUCAGAGACUACGGAAACUCCAGUCCCAACUUACCCUACUGGAACCGAGACUCCUGUUCCCACGCAGCCAACACCUACCGAGACAGAGACUCCUGUCCCAACUGGAACCGAGACUCCCGUCCCUACACAGCCAACGCCUACCGAGACUGAGACUCCAGUCCCAACGUAUCCUACUGGAACCGAGACUCCUGUUCCUACUCAGCCAACACCUACCGAGACAGAGACUCCUGUCCCAACUGGAACUGAGACUCCCGUACCUACUCAGCCAACUCCAUCGGAAAGUACUGGAACAGUGAACCCUACCGAAACUUCAGAGACCUCGGAGACCCCCAUCCCAACUGGAACCGAGACUCCUGUUCCCACGCAGCCAACGCCUACCGAGACAGAGACUCCCAUCCCAACUGGCACUGAGACUCCUGUUCCUACUCAGCCAACACCCACCGAAACCGAGACUCCCAUCCCAACUGGAACCGAGACUCCUGUUCCAACGCAGCCAACACCUACCGAGACAGAGACUCCUGUCCCAACUGGCACCGAGACUCCCGUUCCUACUCAGCCAACGCCUACCGAAACCGAGACUCCAACUUGUCCCACCGUACCAGGAUCAACUAUUACCAUUACGACAACAGAGACUAUCACCAACACCAACUGCCCAGUAGUUCCAACGGAGACUCCAGCUCCCACAGAGACUCCAGCUCCUACGGAGACCCCAGCUCCAACGGAGACUCCAGUUCCAACAGAGACUCCAGCUCCUACGGAGACCCCAGCUCCAACGGAGACUCCAGUUCCAACAGAGACUCCAGCUCCCACAGAGACUCCAGCUCCCACAGAGACUCCAGCUCCCACAGAGACUCCAGCUCCUACGGAGACCCCAGCUCCAACGGAGACUCCAGUUCCAACAGAGACUCCAGCUCCCACAGAGACUCCAGCUCCAACUGAAACUCCAGUUCCAACAGAGACUCCAGCUCCCACAGAGACUCCAGCUCCAACGGAGACUCCAGUGCCAACAGAAACUCCAGUUCCUACGGAGACCCCAGUUCCAACAGAGACUCCUGUGCCCUCUGAGACUCCAGUUCCAUCACAGCCCACUGGUACUGUUCCCCAGCCAUCUGAGACCCAGCCACCAACGUACUCAUCUCCGCCACCCUCGCCAACUGAGACUGAGGCUCCUUCUGCGCCCCCUACCGAGCAGCCCAGCCCAACCAGCCCUACCCCAGUUUUGCCGCCAGUAUACACUGGUAUGGCCACCCGUACUAAGGGCACUGGAGUUUCUUUCCUGAUGGCUAUUGGUGCUGCUGCUAUGAUUCUGGCAUGA